AUCUUAUCUCAAGUAUAUAAUUGUAGAAUUCAUGUCACAGGUCACACACUGAAUAAUAACGAGAGCACAAUAAUUUUUUUUUCAGUUUCUUUAAAACUUUCGUGCUGUGUAGCUGGCAGUGGAAAUUAAUGUGCUAGAAUCGACUAGCAAAGGAAGAAGAAAUGAAUUUCCGCAUAUUUCAAUUUCUUUUAAUAUCCGUCUUACUAACGUUUGUACAUUCGUGUAAGAAAGUUCCACCAAAAACUUUAAAUCACGGACGGAAGCGAAAUGGUGAUAACGGAUAUCGAUUGGUGAUUGGAAACAAUCCAAGUGGCUAUGAACCUGGAAAGAUUUAUAAUUUAUUUUUAGUCGGCUCACGAGAUUACUUACAGUUGCAGCAAUUUACUCACUUUAUGAUAACAGCAGACGCUAUAAAUAUUGAAACAAAUCGAACAACUGUUGCCGGUCCGAAGCGUGUUGGUCGUUUUCAGCUUUUUGGCGAUGCAUUGACUAAGUUUUAUGAGAGUUGUGUGAAUACAGUGUCUGAGGCUGAUGAUUUUCCAAAGACUGAAGUUCAGACAAUGUGGGUAGCACCAGCGAAAGGAUCCGGCUGUGUACGUUUAUCAGCAAUGAUUUAUGAAGGCAAAGACUCAUGGUACUCGGAUGUUGGUGGACUCACGAAAAUUAUUUGUGAAGAAAAAGUCGAUAAGGUGAAAAAAAUGCUCGCUAAUGAUGAAUGCUGUGCAUGUGAUGAAGCUAAGUAUAGCUUCGUGUUUGAAGGAAUUUGGUCAAAUGAGACACACCCAAAGGAUUAUCCAUUCGCGAUUUGGUUAACACACUUUUCAGACAUUGUUGGUGCAUCGCAUGAUGCAAACUUCUCGUUUUGGGGUGAGAAUCAUAUUGCAACAGACGGAUUUCGGUCGUUGGCUGAAUGGGGAUCACCAAGGGCACUUGAAGAAGAAUUGCGAGCAAAAGGUUCACGCCUACGUACAUUAGUGAAAGCGGGUGGAUUAUGGUUUCCAAAUGUUAAUGCAAACACAUCGUCGCAUUUCCGUGUCGAUCGUAAACAUCAUAAAGUAUCAUUAGUAUCGAUGUUCGGACCGUCCCCUGAUUGGGUAGUCGGUGUCAGCGGAUUGAACCUUUGUCGUAAAGACUGUACGUGGGAAGCCUCACACGAUAUCGAUUUAUAUCCUUGGGAUUCUGGUACUGAUAGUGGAAUCUCAUACAUGUCACCAAAUGCAGAAACACAACCGCGCGAACGAAUGCACAAAAUAACAACGAAAUAUCCUGAAGAUCCUCGAGCACCAUUUUACAAUCCGAAUAGUGAUAAAAUGACACCGCUAGCAAAACUGUAUAUUCGACGUGAAAAGGUUAUAACGAGAAAUUGCGACGAGGAAUUAUUGCAAGCACAAAUCGUUGAGGUUUCCGAGAACGAUGACAAUGAGUCGAACAGUAUACCGGAAUGUGAGGUCAGUGAGUUUUCCGCUUGGUCACCAUGCUCAGUGACAUGUGGUAAAGGCUUACGUGAACGUAGUCGUCGUUAUCGUAAUCCACAAAGUGCAACAGAAAAGGGUUGUAAUCGUCAAUUAAUAUACAAAGAGAUGUGCGUAGCCGCUAUACCAGAAUGUGGUAAGGAUGGAGAGGAUAGCUCGGAGAAUCUAGCUGAAUCGCAAGCCACUGUUAAUGAGCAAGGAGAGGGUUUGGGACUUUGUCGUACGACUCAAUGGACAGAUUGGAGUGAAUGUUCAGCAACAUGUGGUGUCGGUAUAAGUAUGAGAACUAGAACAUUUGUUGAUCGAUCUGGUCGAAAGAAAUGUCCACACAUUUCCAUUGUUGAGAAGACAAAAUGUAUGAUGCCUGACUGUAAAAUAACAGAUUUGGAGAUUCCUGACUCUAAUUGUCCAGUCGCUGCUUGGUCAGAUUGGUCACCGUGCAGUACGACAUGCGGUAAAGGUGUACAAAUUCGUACACGCUUGUUGCUUGUCGAGCCUAAUAAAAAGGCAGAAUGUAUGGCAAGAGGCAAGGAACUGAAUCAACAGCGCGAAUGUUCAACACGUCAGGACUGUACACUUGACUUCGAGUCGGCACGUACUGUUUGUAAUUUACCAUCUGAUAAUGGAGCAUGUCGUGGAUCGUACAAAAGAUUCUUUUACAACCCCAACAAGCAAGAUUGCGAAGAAUUCGAGUACGGAGGAUGUCGCGGAAAUCAAAAUAACUUUUUAACCAGAGACGUUUGCCUGAGUACUUGUGGCAUCAUUAGAAACACGGUUUCAUCAAAUCGACCACAAUCUAGACAACAACAGACACUUCCUGCUGCAUCUGCUAGAAUUUACACCACAACAAUAAGAAAUGAUUAUCAAACUACUGAAGGUACUUCUGAUGGUCAGCCUGUUGAUUGUCUUCUUUCUGAAUGGUCUGAAUGGUCCACAUGUUCAGCUGAAUGUGAUCAAGUUGGUGUAUCGACAAGGACUAGAGAAGUAAUAAGAGAGCCACAAAAUAACGGGCAAAGCUGUGGAGAAUUGACAAGACGUAAACGAUGCAGAGGACGUUGUACAUAAGAUGAAUAGGAGACGAGAAUAAUUUGCUGAUAGAAAAGAAAAAGUUUAAUGUACAUACAAAUUUUCUGUAUGUAUCAACGUCUGCUACAUUUAUGUUAACAUAAAAAUCUAUUAAAUAGGUUGAUAAAUUUAGGUUUAGGUUAAAUGUGAAUAUGACGUUAUCGGACAUGAAAUUUAUUAGAUGAAAAUGUAAUUUUUUGAAAAAUUGAAUUAGAAGUUUUUAGGGCUUGAUGUGAAUUUUCUAAGUUUUUUGCUAAGUUGUAGGAACUGUAA